AUCAUGGUGGAUUUUUCAGAACAUAUGAUAUUUUACUAAAACGUUUAUCUAUUUUAAAGGUUAAUUUUUGGAGUGUUGCUUUAAGCCGUAGAUAUGCCGCUAAGAUUAAGACCGAAUCCGGAUACAUUUUUUGAUCUAUUUGCUAAAAUAGACCGAGAACAAAGCCCAGAUUCAACAAAUUCACUUUGCUACAAGUAUCCAAAAAAUUAUGAUGUUCGAGAUGUUCUAGCUAAUCUUCCAAAAUUUUGUUGUCCUAAUUCGCAGAAACCUUCUGAAAUUGAAGUAUUCGUAUUUGUUCUAACUGAUGCAGAAUCAUAUAAAAGAUACGGUUUCUGUCGACAUUCUCCGAACUCUCGAUAUAUUUUAUGUGUUUUAACAUACCUGCCAUAUUUUAAGUUAUUUACCAGCAUUCUUCACAAGAUUGCUGAAAAAUCUUCUGAAAUUGAGAUAGAAAAUGCUCUGGACCAAAUGUAUAAUUAUAAGCCUUCAUUCCCAAAAUAUCCUACAACCUUUGACCUGCCAGAUUUAAACAUUUUUAACCAUAAACUGCCACAAGUUUGGAGUCUACCUAAAUUACCAGAUGACACUAAUUUGGGGGAACUAGUAUGCUCCUUAUCUCCAUUCAGUUUAAUUCGUCUAUUUGCAAGGCAGCACAUGUUCAUCCCUAUUCUACCUCCCUCGUUAUUGGAUUACACUAUGGCUACAAUGCCCUUAAUGAUUGGUUUAUCAAACGAAACAUUUGAACUUGCUAACAAGGCCGAAAUGAACUUAUCUGAUGCUGUCGUUGUAUAUUUAGAUAAAGAACAUCACGAAAAUCAAGUUGUGACAUCCUUUGAAGACGUCAAUGAAAUGCCGUCAAAAUCUGUGAAAGAGCUAAAAGAUAAAUUACAAUCGAAAACUGACGGAAACAAUGUUGCAAAAGCUUUUAUGAUGUUCAUCAUCCAAUUAAUUAGUAAAUAUCAUUUGGGUCUCAAGAAUAACCAAGAUGCAGUUACUAACAAGAAUCACGUGACGUUAGACAAGGAUGCUUUUUUAAAAAAUUCAUCAUCUAAAAAUAGAAAAUGUUUAAUAAGAUUAUGGGAAACUCAGAUGUUUGAACAAUUUCGUAGAGAUUUGGAACAAGGCCAAACAGCCGAUUUUUCUAUGGUUAGGGAGAAGUACCGAGAAUUUGAUACUGCACUAAUGGAGUACAAUAAUAGGCAAAUAAUUAAACUGGAAAAUUUAAAGGCGAAACAAUCCGGAAAAGGAGUUCUUGAAGCACUAAGAAACGGGACUAAGAAGCCAAGACCGAGAAACCGAGCUGAUACAACGAAAUACUCGCAACCAAUACGAAAUUAUAAGGAAUUAGACGUUGACUCUUUUGAUGAGGAGGAAUUGUCAGAUUUUGAAAAAAAGUUCCAGCUGUUACAGGAGGAUACUUUACUUGGGGACCCGAAAAUAAAUGAAUUGUGUGGAAAUCCUAAACUAAUACGUCAUAACAGUGUGGAGUGUUUGGUGGAUGAAAGCCCUUCAAAGGCAACCAAUUCCAAUACUCUAGAUCAUAUUAUACAAACUUUGGAAUCAGUCAACACCGAUUCCUCUGACAACGAAGAUCUUGUUGAGAAAACCAAUUCUCAAUCAGCUGGUGAUCUUCUUGAUCUAGAUUUCAACGAGGCACUCUCUAACGGCUUGCCACAAGCUGCAGGUAGGGACUCGGUAUUCAUUAACAACGACGUUAACUUAAUGAUGGGCUGGGAAGAUGUUAUAAGUGCAAAAUCUGACUCUGCCCAUCAAGUGCCCUCACCAAGAAGAGAUAUUCCUUUACAUCAGCAACAGUUAGUCGCCCCUGUUCCUUCGCCUAGAACUAUUCGCCUGCAGACAGCUCCAACUUCGAUACAACGCACUGAUAUCACGCCCGACAUGCAAGCGUCGUCGCAGUCAAGAAUGGCAGUUCACGAAAUUGAUUGGAAUUUCUCAAAUACAGCUCCAGCACCUCAGCCAUAUGAAAAUCUACCAGUGCCCCCUCCUAGAUCCAGAAAUAGUCAAAGUGAAAAAAACUGUAGGGAUAGUUGGGUGACAUUCGAAUAA